GAUAGGCCACAAGGCUAACGCGGCGGAAUAAUAAUCGUACGACGCGUUAUCGUCCCGACCGGGCGGUAUUCGUUUUCGACCGGACCGGGUCGAGCGAUCCGAUGCGUGACGUUGUUGCGCCACGAACUCGUUGUACGUCCGCAGACGACUCGUCGACACGUAACGCGUACGCCACUCGCCGCCGAUCGAUAACACCAGCGUGUUUUUUUCGUGAUAAGUAGGUUUUCGCGAUUUCCGAAACAGCUAAUAGUUCGCAAUACUUUCGCGUAGUACACCCAACGACCUGAGACCGAUCAGUCGACGUUUGGACACGCGAACGGGAACAUGUCGAUUCCGGGACCGUCGGGCGUCGCGUCCGCGGGCGAUCAGUACGGCCGGGUGAAGGCUACCACUGACAAGUUUUUCACGAGCUUGCGCGAGGCCAGGAACUACGAGAGCCAAGGAAAAACGAAUUCGGCGUUAUUGGAGUACGAACAAUGCUUAACGCUUAUCGACGACGUCUUCUCUGUUCCGCUGACCAGACCUGCUGAUCUUAGUUUAGAAUGGACGGAAGUGGAUAACAUUCUGCAAUAUUUAAAAACUGAAAAAAAAGAAAUUUUAAAUCGUAUCGUUGAGUUACAAAGGACUAGUGGCUCAGAUAUGGUCGUCGAUAGACCUUUACAAAGUCCUCCGUCCUAUCAGGAAGCUACACGUUCAGACGAAGAACAGUCCAAUGUUUCUGUUACGUUAGAACAACCAAUUUCCUAUGGCCAGUUAUCGGCAAUGCUUAAUGAUUUACGUAUAGACAUUGAACAAAGUUCUACAGCUACUGUACUGAUUAGCUGCGAUAACUCACAAGUAUUUUUCAUUCCUGCUAAUGGACAAGUUACGUCGCCAUCGGAAAGAUCAAACGUUAAAAUUUUUAUGCUUGAAGGUACAAAUGUUGACAGUCCUCCGAGGUACUUUCUUAGCAUUGAAGACAUUUACUAUCCUCUAGUUGCUAAUGAAUCACCAUGUCUUCGCACAGAUUAUGGAGCAUUUUUAUUCCCUGAUAUUGAAAAUAGGCAUGCAUCUAUUGGUGUUCUAAUUCCUUCAGAACAUUUGGAAAUUUUCACGUCUAUUCUAGAAGAUAUACUUCAAAAAUCAUUAAGAAAAAAAAUCGACCCUGCUAGAGAAAAAGGUCGUAAAAUUUCAGGACACAUUGUUAAAGGAGCAACUUUUCUUUCAAAUGGAUUAGUAAAAGGAGCUGAAAAAACAACAAAUUUUAUGAACAAUUCUACUCCAGGUUUAAUGAAUUAUAUAAAUCCAUCUCAAAAUGAUACACAUGUUUGUCCUCCAGUAAAAAAAGGGGUUAAAAUUGCAAAAAAUGUGACAUGUACUGCAGCAGAUGUAACUUGUUUUGUUGCUGGAAAAAUAGGUACAGCAUCUUGUGCACUUGGAAAAUUCCUUGCUCCACAUGUUCAUAAAGGCGGUACAAAGAUUUUAUCAGGUGUUACUAGUAUGGACAAAGAUACAGCUUCUAAGCAAAUGACGAAUGUACUUGACAUAGCAGCAGGAGCAAUAGAAGGUUUUGGAAUUGUUUAUGACGGCUUAGAGAAAUCUGGUAUCAUGCUUGGAAACAGUAUUUCAAAUAAUACUGUUCUUAUAGUUCGUCACAAAUUUGGCAACAAUGUUGGUGAAGUAACUCAAGACACUUUUGAAACUGUUGGGCAUGGGUUACGAUUCACUAGAACAGUCAAAGAAUUGGGUCCUAAAAAUAUUGUUAAGUCAACUGUUAAAGAAACUGGUCGUGCCUAUAUGGUUCCAACAAAUGAUUAGAAAAUAUGUCAUAAAAUGUUAUAAAUUCUUACUGUGAUUAGUUUUGUUAUUUUGCUGUUUUUUUUUAUAAAAUAUUUUUUUCUAAAA